GCAGGGCGGCGCGAAUGAGCGAGCGGCUCGGCGGCGCGGCUGAACGAGCGGAUUGAUUUCGGGAUCUCCCUCCCGUUCGCCCGGCCGGAGAUGGGCUGUUGCUCCUGCCGCCGCCGCCGCCGCUGCUGCAGCCGCCGCCACCGCCGAAGAGCCUCGCCGAGGGAGACGGAGCGCCGGCACUAACCCAACUCCGCCGCCUUGUGCCGCCGCCAGCUUGCCCAGAACGAGCCCCGAGUCGCCCCGCCGCUCCUCGCCCCCCCGCCCCCAGCAGUGGCGGCCCCGGGGGAGGAAUAAAAACCGAGGGCGAGCGAGAGCCAGAGGAGCCGCGCGGAGAAGCAUGAAAGACGGUCGGAGGCAGAAAUCUCCGAGGACAAGAAAGCCCAGUCUCUUUCUGCUAUCUAGGCAAUUUCUAUUUAUGUUUAUUGUGCUCUAGACUCAUGACAGAGCUGUAAGUAAAUCUUCUUUGCCGCAUGAUGAAUCGGAUGACUAUGAUCUGGAAGAAAGCAAAAUAAUUGUUUCAUUGUGGGUGGUGAUUUGCUUAGUGUGUGGAACGAUGCCAGAAAGACUAACAGAAAUGCUUAUGGAUACGUGGGCUCCAUUAGUAAUAUUAUGGAUUACUGCAUUCCCAUCUAUGUACAUGGCUCCAAUGAAUCAUUCUCACAUAUUACCAAGUGGAUCCAGUAGAGGUCUAAAUGAGCUAAGUGAAGAACAAAGAGUGUUGAACCGUUCCAAGAGGGGCUGGGUGUGGAAUCAAAUGUUUGUCCUGGAAGAAUUUUCUGGACCAGAACCUAUAUUGGUUGGCCGGCUACACACAGACUUGGAUCCUGGAAUCAGCAAGAUCAAGUAUAUCCUAUCAGGUGAUGGAGCUGGGACUAUCUUUGUGAUCAAUGACAAGACAGGGGACAUUCAUGCAAUGAAAAGACUUGACCGGGAAGAAAAAGCUGAAUACACACUGACAGCCCAGGCUGUUGAUAGGGAUACUAACAAACCUCUGGAGCCUCCAUCGGAAUUCAUCAUUAAGGUCCAAGACAUCAAUGACAAUCCACCAGAGUUUGUUGACGGUCCAUAUCAUGCCACUGUUCCUGAAAUGUCAAUUGUGGGUACCUAUGUUACCAAAGUGACAGCCACCGAUGCAGAUGACCCUGUUUACGGAAACAGUGCCAAGCUUGUCUACAGCAUCUUGGAGGGACAGCCUUACUUUUCAGUGGAACCACAUACAGCAAUUAUUAAAACUGCUCUUUCAAACAUGGACCGGGAAGCCAAAGAGGAAUACACUGUGGUCAUCCAAGCAAAAGAUAUGGGUGGGCACAUGGGAGGACUGUCUGGAACCACCACCGUGACAAUUACACUCUCUGAUGUCAACGACAAUCCUCCAAAGUUUGCACAGAGUUUGUAUCAUUUUUCAGUAUUGGAAGACAUUAGUAUUGGUGAACCGGUAGGAAGAGUUAAAGCAAAUGACCUGGAUAUUGGUGAGAAUGCAAAGUCAUCCUAUGACAUUAUUGAAGGAGAUGGAGUGGAUAUCUUUGAAAUCACCUCCGACUCCCAGACUCAGGAAGGUGUUAUUAGAUUGAGAAAGCCCCUGGACUUUGAGACCAAAAGAUCCUAUACACUGAAGGUAGAAGCAACAAAUGUGCAUGUUGAUCCACGUUUCAUCAGCGUGGGACCCUUCAAGGAUACAGCAACAGUAAAAAUUGUAGUCGAGGAUGCUGACGAGCCUCCAGUCUUUUCAUCACCAACUUACCUACUGGAAGUACAUGAGAAUGCUGCUAUUAACUCCGUGAUUGGCCAGGUGACUGCCCAUGAUCCUGAUGUAUCUUCUAGCUCUAUAAGGUUUUCCAUUGAUCGGAACACUGACCUCGAGAGGCAGUUCAACAUUAAUACGCAAGAUGGAAGGAUAACACUGGCAACCCCACUGGACAGAGAAACGAGCACGUGGCACAACAUAACCAUUGUAGCAACUGAAGACAGAAACCCCAGUCAAAUAUCUCGAGUGCCUGUUGCUAUCAAAGUUCUCGAUGUAAACGACAACGCUCCCGAACUUGCGUCAGGGAACGAAGCCUAUUUGUGCGAAAAUGGAAAAACCGGAAAAGUCAUUCACACCAUGAGAGCCAUUGACAAAGAUGAUCCUAAAAAUGGACACUAUUUUGUUUAUAACCUUCCACAAGAAAUGGCCAACAAUCCAAAUUUCACAAUUGAGAAAAAUCAAGAUAACACCCUUAACAUUUUAACAAAACAUAACGGAUUCAGCCGUCAGAAGCAAGAGGUCUAUUUUCUACCAAUCAUAAUCAGCGACAGUGGCAAUCCUCCCAUGAGCAGCACCAGUACCCUCACGAUUAAGGUCUGUGGCUGUAGCAAUGAGGGUAUCGCCCAGUCCUGCAAUGCUGAAGCGUAUGUGCUCCCUAUUGGUCUCAGCAUGGGAGCUUUAAUAGCAAUUCUAGCCUGCAUCAUUUUGCUUCUAGUCAUUGUGGUCCUGUUUGUGACGCUGAGAAGACAUAAAAAUGAGCCCCUUAUUAUCAAAGAUGACGAAGAUGUGAGGGAAAACAUCAUCCGUUACGAUGACGAAGGAGGUGGUGAAGAAGAUACAGAAGCAUUUGACAUAGCAACUUUGCAAAACCCUGAUGGAAUAAAUGGCUUUCUGCCCCGCAAGGAUAUAAAACCUGAUCUUCAGUUUAUGCCCAGACAGGGGCUAGCACCUGUUCCUAAUGGUGUUGAUGUUGAUGAAUUUAUCAAUGUGAGGCUGCAUGAAGCUGAUAAUGAUCCCACAGCUCCUCCAUAUGACUCAAUUCAGAUUUAUGGGUACGAGGGAAGAGGCUCUGUAGCUGGGUCUCUAAGUUCCUUAGAGUCUUCAACAUCAGACUCAGAUCAGAAUUUUGACUACCUCAGUGAAUGGGGGCCCCGUUUUAAAAGACUCGGGGAACUUUACUCAGUGGGUGAAAGUGACAAAGAAACUUGACAGUGGAUUACAAACUUUUAUUUUUUUCACUCUUGACUUAAGCGCUCAUGUAAUAUUCUAGGGCCACUGCUGUUAGUUAUGACUAAUGUGGCUUUUUGUUUAGGGGCAACUUUAGUGCCAGUCAUCUUAUAAAAUCAACUACAUUGUAAUGUUGAACCAAAAAAAGUACAUAAAUCAAAAGUAUAUGUUAGGAGGUCUGAGUCUUGUGGAGUGUGAAGUUAAGUACGUAGAGUGUCUAGAAGUCUUUGGAUAUUCUAUAUUCACAUGACCACUCUGAAGAUGGGGUUUGGAUCUUUGAUUGCCAUAAGUAAUGGGAAAGGAAAGGAAAUUGAGAAGAUAGAUGCUUUUCUGCAUAAUGGACCUCUGUGGAUUUUUUGCUUAUGAAGAGUAUCUUUGGACAGUCCAUUGAAAGCUUAUGGUUUGCUUCCACAUUGCCAACAAAGAUUCCACUACAAAAACAGGGAAAAAAAGAAUGUUAAAAGCAAUAUCUGGUCUUCUUUGCAAUGCUGUUUUUUUCCUCAAAAAAGCAUUGAUAAAGUCCCUUUUGGCCUCAACUGUGCAGUGACUGUAACUUGUACAUAGGAUAAUUCUUGGCCACAAAAAACAUAGACUGACUAUCAUCUUCACACAUUGUGUCAAGCCUUAAAAUAUUCACAUGUUCUUAAUCCAUUCCAGUGACAGGAUUCAAAAUCCACCAUUGUGCAAAAGUUCAAGUGGAGAAGAGACUCAAAGUUCUCUACUUUUCAAACAAAAUGGAUUGUUUUCUAGAAAGAUCAUUCAUUUCAUAUACUUUGUCUUCUAUAAGAAAAGAGGGGAUCUGUGACAGAGGAUGGACUCACAUAUAUGAAACAAGCUGGUUUUAUUGCUAAAGAACAAAUUUAUUUGUUUAAUCCUUGAAAUAAAUAUUUUAUUGAUGUUCAUUACUGCCUUUAUUUAUUAAGAUUGAUUACUGGU